UCCUGGACAUGCAGCUAUAGUGGCAGCUAAAAGGACAGAGAGACAAGGCUGGUGUUUCUGUGGGUGUAGAGUCCCACAGCCCUCCUGGCUGUUCAACGCUGUUCAAGGGUAAUGUGGUUGGGCCUCGCUUUUUAGUGAAUUAAAUCUUUCUAACCCCGGCAAGAACAUUUCCUGAAACUUUGCCAUUGGGAGCCUAGGAUUCUGAAAUUUAUAAAUCCCGAAGAGGAAACAAAACUGGGGACAUCACAUCUUCCUUCCGUGGGUACCAUCUCAAUGUACCACAGAUCGGAGAGCCUGUAACUGGGGCUACAAGGAAGCGGUAUAAAGCAGAUCUGGAUGUCUCUUGUGGAUGCUGAGACUUGAGAGAGAGUUUUCCCAUGGCUUUUUUUCACAUCCGCCUGUUCCAGGAGAGGGACUACAAACAGGUUGUGGACGUGUUCUCCAGCGGCAUGCAGGAGCACAUCCCCACUGCCUUCCGCCACAUGCUGACACUGCCCCGAACCCUGCUGCUCUUACUUGGGGUGCCCAUAGCCGUAGCCCUGGUGUCUGGCUCCUGGCUCCUGGCUGUUGCAUGCAUCUUCUUUCUGCUCCCGUUCUUGCACUUCCUUGCCGGACAGCCCUGGAAGAAUUACGUGUCCAAAUGUUUGCACACAGACAUGGCUGACAUCACCAAGUCCUACCUGAGUGUUCAGGGCGCAGGUUUCUGGGUGGCUGUGUCUGGGGGGCAAGUGGUGGGGACAGUGGCUGCUCAACCAGUCAAGGAUCCUCCACUGGGGAGGAAGCAGCUGCAGCUCUUUCGCCUGUCUGUGUCCUCACAGCAUCGAGGACACGGGAUAGCGAAAGCGCUGGUCAGAACUGUCCUCCAGUUCGCACGGGACCAGGGCUACACUGACGUUGUUCUUGAGACUGGCCUCUUGCAGAAAAGUGCUGUGAUGCUGUACUACAGCAUGGGCUUCCGGAAGACAGGCGAGUCCUUCAUGAACUUCCUCAUGUGGCUUGUGGAUGUUUCUGUAAUUCAUUUCAUAUACCCGCUCCCUUCUGCUCAGGAACAUGAGCUGUGAUCUUUUUCCUCUGUAUACCCGGCGGCCUCCAGGUCACUGUUCACCAUGGGAGCAACUCGCCCUGAUAUGGUAGUGGGCAAAUCACAAUAUAGCCUUUGUUGUUUGUGUUGUAUUCCUGUCUGGUGGCACAUAAAG